AUGAGUCCUGACCUCUGUGCUCCAACAAAUAGAACAAAGAAGGAGAAAGCCAACGCCCAAAAGAGAGCCGAGCUUAUCUAUAAAACUCAGAAUGUUGUAGCUGUUCAGUAUUCAUGCAGCACGAGCAGUGGAACAGCCUUGGUGAUGUAUUUUCAUCUACUUUUGCUUUCUCUCAACCUGGUGAAAGCAGAUAAUUGUAAGAUUUUGGAUGAUCCGGCGAGUCCUCUACUGUCUAAAGAUGGAGAUGUGAUAAUUGGAGGUUUAUUUUCGAUACACGGUGGUAUAAAUCCUCCAUCCCUAACAUAUACUGAAAAACCUCCACCGUUUAUCUGCACCAGAUUUAAUCUCCGAGAAUUACGCUUUGCUCAGACCAUGACUUUUGUAAUUGAGGAAAUCAAUCGAAGCAGCAGCUUGCUCCCAAAUAUAUCGAUUGGUUACAGGAUUUAUGACAGUUGUGGCACAAGAUUAUUAACCAUGAAGGCUGCCAUGGCUUUAAUGAAUGGUCAGGACCUAACAGCAGAUGGAACCUGCUCUGGACAAGCGGUAGUACAAGCCAUUAUUGGGGAAACCGAGUCUUCUCCUACUAUAGUACUCACAAAAACUACAGGACCGUUCAAGAUCCCAGUGAUAAGUCAUGGUGCCACAUGUGUAUGUUUAAACAACAGAACAGAAUACCCAUAUUUCUUCAGGACUACAGCGAGCGAUUACUACCAGAGUAGAGCGCUGGCUUAUUUGCUGAAGCACCUCGGUUGGUCUUGGGUGGGAGCUGUGAACAGUGACAAUGACUUUGGCAACAGUGGAAUGGCCAUUUUUCGGGAUGCAGCUAGAGAGGAGGGAAUAUGUGUGGAGUAUUCUGAGAAGUUUGACCGAUCAGAAUCUGCUAAAAUCAUGAACGUGGUAGACAUGAUUAAGAAAGGGACGGCAAGAGUACUGGUUUUGUUUCUUGCCCACAUUGACAUGACCAUCCUGGUAGACCAGCUGAUUCUAAAGAAUGCGACAGGCUACCAGAUGAUUGGUGUUCAAUCAUGGAUCACUGCUGUCAAUCUGGCAACCCCAGCAAGUUACGAUGUUCUGAUCGGGUCCAUCGGAUUUGAUCCGGGAAAAAUCAACAUGGCUGGUUUUCCUGAGUAUGUUCUCACUGAGUUUUGGGAAACAGCUUUUCCUUGUUCAGAGACAAAUAAAAUCGACUGCAGCAGAUAUGAGGAAAUGAUUCCCUUUAAAAACUACAAUGAUGAUAUCUCUGAACUUAGAUUUGCAAAUAACAUCUACAAUGCAGUUUAUGCCGUGGCACAUUCUCUACACAGCCUGCUCAGAUGUACAGAGAACCAGGGUUGUAGAAAAGGCCAGAAAAUACAACCUUUACAGGUCAUUGAUUAUCUGAAAAAGGUGAAUUUUACCACUAAAUCAGGAGACCAUGUGUGGUUUGAUAGCACUGGGGCAACAGCUGCAAGGUAUGAACUGGUGAACUGGCAGCGAGGACCUGAUGGAGGGGUGCAGUUUAAGGUAGUGGGCUAUUAUGAUGCCUCUCUGCCCCCUGGACAGCAGUUUGUCCUAGAUGAAAGUGACAUAGUUUGGGCUGGAGGAAAAGCUGAGCCCAGGUCUGUGUGCAGUGAGAGCUGUCUUCCAGGCACUAGGAAAGCUGGACAGAAAGGAAGGCCGAUCUGCUGUUUCGACUGUAUACCAUGCGCUGAAGGAGAGAUCAGUAAUGACACAGAUUCAAAUGACUGUGAGCAGUGUCCAGGAGAAUACUGGUCAAAUGCAGAGAGAGAUAAAUGUGUGUUAAAGGAAAUAGAAUAUCUGUCAUUUACGGAGGUGAUGGGAAUAGUACUGUUAUGUUUUUCUUUGUUCGGAGCAGCAUUAUCUGUCUUGGUAUCAAUUCUGUUUCUCAUUAAAAAGGACACUCCUAUUGUCAGGGCCAACAACUCUGAGCUGAGCUUCCUGCUGCUCUUCUCUCUGACUCUGUGUUUCCUCUGUUCACUUACUUUCAUCGGUCGACCCUCGGAGUGGUCCUGCAUGCUGCGCCACACAGCGUUCGGGAUCAUCUUCGUCCUCUGCAUCUCCUGUGUUCUGGGUAAAACAAUAGUGGUGUUGAUGGCGUUCAGAGCGACACUUCCGGGCAGUAACAUCAUGAAAUGGUUUGGGCCUCCACAGCAGAGACUCAGUGUUCUUGCUUUUACUUUAAUACAGGUUAUUAUUUGUGUGUGUUGGUUAAUAAUAUCUCCUCCUUUUCCCAUCAAGAACAUGAGCUACUUCAAGGAAAAGAUCAUACUGGAAUGUAACUUGGGGUCAGCUGUGGGUUUCUGGGCUGUUCUGGGUUAUAUCGGGAUUUUGGCUCUUCUGUGUUUUGUUUUGGCUUUUUUAGCUAGAAAACUUCCUGAUAAUUUUAAUGAAGCUAAAUUUAUUACAUUCAGCAUUCUGAUAUUCUGUGCAGUUUGGAUCACUUUUAUUCCAGCGUAUGUCAGUUCACCUGGUAAAUUUACUGUAGCUGUGGAGAUUUUUGCUAUUCUGGCCUCAAGUUUUGGUUUGCUGUUCUGUAUAUUUACACCUAAAUGCUAUAUUAUCCUGUUUAAACCUGAACUCAAUACAAAGAAAAAUGUGAUGGGAAAAACUGCUGCAAAAUCACUGUAA